AUGGCUCGUCAGUAUUCCGGGAGAGGGUAUGUUUCAGUAUUUCUCUUUCUUGCUGCCAUGAUGAACACGGUAUCUACCGUCACCCAUUAUUCCGUUCCCGAAGAAAUGGAGGAAGGCUCUGUCGUUGCUAAUUUAGCAACUGAUCUGGGAUUAGACAUGAAGACAUUAACGGGAAGAAAAAUGCGCGUCGACGUUGUGGGCAAUAAGAAAUAUCUUGAUAUAAACAAAGAAACGGGAGAGCUGUUCAUUCUGGAGAGGAUUGACAGAGAGUUGUUAUGCCCAUCAAAGACAACCACAUCAUGCUUUCUUAAAUUAGACGCUAGGAUUGAAAACCCAAUACGAAUGUUUAAUAUCGAGGUCGAAAUUCUGGAUAUUAAUGACAACGCUCCUCAUUUUCGAAGAGGAACGAUGGAUUUGGACAUCUCUGAAUCAAGCCCCAUUGGAGAGAGGUUCUCAUUGAAUAAUGCUGCGGACCCAGAUGUUGGAACAAAUUCUGUGAAAGAUUACCAUCUGAGCUCAAGUGAACAUUUUAAACUCGAGAUUCAGACCGGAAGAGAUGGCUCUAAAUUUGCAGAUUUGAUUCUGAAAAAAGAUUUAGAUAGAGAGCAGCAGGCUGUUCAUAAUCUAAUUCUCACUGCUGUGGACGGUGGCGUGCCCACGCGCACAGGUACAGCCAGCAUCAUUGUUCGCGUGCUUGACGUGAAUGACAACGCCCCUUCUUUUGACAAAGACAAAUACAUUGUAGAUGUGAUGGAAAACUCCCCGAUUGGCAGUCUAGUAAUAAAACUAAACGCCACUGAUUUAGAUGAAGGUUCAAAUUCUGAUAUAGUUUAUGUAUAUAGUUUAUAUACAUCAGAGAGAACGCAACAGGUGUUUAACUUGAAUCCAGAGAAUGGAGAAAUCAGAGUGAGAGAGAUGAUAAAUUAUGAGGACUUUAAGCUGUAUGACAUGGAAGUAAUUGCCAGGGAUAAGGGGCCUAACUCCUUAUCUGGACAGUGUACACUGUCAAUUCAGGUGACAGAUAUGAACGACAAUCAUCCAGAAAUAUCUAUUAAAUCAUUUCAAAGUCCAAUAAAAGAAAAUGAACCGAUAGACACAGUGAUAGCUGUAGUUAGUGUCAGUGAUAAAGACUCUGGGGACAAUGGAGUGGUUGACCUUCAUAUUCCAGAUAAUAUGCCUUUCAAACUGAGGGAGUCCUCUGAUAACUAUUAUGAGUUAGUAGUGUCACAGCCACUAGACCGGGAGAAGGUCCCAGAAUAUGACAUCACGUUCACUGUGACGGACAGAGGCUCUCCUCCUUUAUCUGACAAUGAAACAAUGACGUUAGAACUGCUGGAUGUAAAUGAAUGGUGUUCCUACUUGAUAGAAUUGAAAUGA